GGCGCGGCCCGGAGCGGCGGGGGCGCGAGCCCUCCCCGCCGCCAUGGCGCUGCCGCCGCGCUGAGCCGUCUUCCCCCCCCCCCCCCCCCCCCCCCCCCCCCGCCAUGGCCGGGGCCAUCGCGUCCCGCAUGAGCUUCAGCUCGCUGAAGAGGAAGCAGCCCAAGACCUUCACAGUGCGCAUCGCCACCAUGGACGCCGAGAUGGAGUUCAGCUGCGAGGUGAAGUGGAAAGGGAAAGACCUGUUCGAUCUUGUAUGCAGGACACUAGGACUCAGAGAAACCUGGUUCUUCGGGCUUCAGUACACUAUCAAGGAUACAGUGGCAUGGCUCAAAAUGGACAAGAAGGUUCUGGAUCACGAUGUUCCAACAGAGGAGCCUGUCACCUUUCACUUCCUGGCUAAAUUUUAUCCUGAGAAUGCAGAGGAGGAGCUGGUCCAGGAAAUCACACAGCACUUGUUCUUCCUGCAGGUGAAGAAGCAGAUUUUGGAUGAGAAGAUCUACUGUCCUCCUGAAGCUUCUGUCCUGCUGGCCUCUUACGCUGUCCAAGCCAAGUACGGUGAUUACGAUCCCAAUGUCCACAAGCGAGGCUUCUUGGCCCAAGAGGAGUUGCUUCCAAAGCGGGUAAUAAACCUGUACCAGAUGACUCCAGAGAUGUGGGAGGAAAGGAUAACAGCCUGGUACGCAGAGCACCGAGGCAGAGCAAGAGAUGAAGCUGAAAUGGAGUAUCUGAAGAUAGCUCAGGACUUGGAGAUGUAUGGAGUGAACUAUUUCGCGAUUAGGAAUAAAAAGGGCACCGAGCUGCUCCUUGGAGUUGAUGCCUUAGGUCUUCACAUUUAUGACCCAGACAACAGGUUGACCCCAAAGAUCUCCUUUCCAUGGAACGAGAUUCGGAAUAUCUCAUACAGCGAUAAAGAGUUUACGAUUAAGCCAUUGGACAAAAAGAUUGAUGUUUUUAAAUUCAAUUCAUCAAAGCUGCGUGUGAAUAAGCUGAUUCUUCAGCUGUGUAUUGGAAACCACGACCUCUUCAUGAGGAGGAGAAAGGCAGACUCAUUGGAGGUCCAGCAGAUGAAAGCGCAGGCCAGGGAGGAGAAAGCCAGGAAGCAGAUGGAACGGCAGCGCCUGGCCCGAGAGAAGAAAAUGAGAGAAGAGGCUGAGAGGACAAGGGAUGAGCUGGAGAGAAGAUUGAUGCAGUUAAAGGAAGAGGCAACGAUGGCCAACGAGGCUCUGAUGAGGUCUGAAGAGACAGCAGACUUGCUGGCGGAGAAGGCUCAGAUCACGGAGGAGGAAGCCAAGCUCCUGGCUCAGAAAGCAGCUGAGGCUGAACAGGAGAUGCAGCGAAUAAAAGCCACGGCCAUCCGGACGGAGGAGGAGAAGCGGCUGAUGGAACAGAAGGUGCUAGAGGCAGAGAUGUUGGCACUGAAAAUGGCGGAGGAGUCGGAGAGGAGGGCGAAGGAGGCUGAUCAGCUAAAGCAAGACCUUCAGGAGGCUCGCGAGUCUGAGCGGAGGGCAAAGCAGAAGCUUUUGGAAAUCACCAGCAAGUCGUCCUACACACAGUCCAUGAACUCAAGUACGACAGCACUGCCUAGCGACCUGCCAAGCUUCAACCUCAUCAACGAGAGCCUGUCCUUUGACUUCAAGGAUACCGACAUGAAGAGGCUUUCAAUGGAAAUCGAGAAAGAGAAGGUAGAGUACAUGGAGAAAAGCAAGCACCUGCAGGAGCAGCUGAAUGAGCUGAAGACAGAAAUUGAGGCACUGAAGCUAAAGGAGAGAGAGACAGCUCUGGAUAUAUUGCACAACGAGAAUGCCAGCCGAGGCAACAGCAAGCACAACACUAUUAAAAAGCCUCAAGCCCAGGGCAGAAGACCUAUCUGCAUUUGAGACUUCAAAGUAGGUUAUUCCAAGCUCACCCUCCAGAGCACCAAGUCCCGCGUGGCCUUCUUCGAGGAGCUCUAGGAAGCGACCAGCCGCUCAGCACCGCCGCUGCCUGCCGGCCAGCACCCCCGCCAGCCGGAGCCCCCCCCCCGCCCCAGACCGGGGCCGGGGAGCCGGGCAUCGCCCCCCGGCCCCCCCGGGGGCUGCCAGAGCCUCCGCACACCGCCAGACUCGGGGCCCGGCUGCCCACGGACUGUGUGACGUUCUCUAGCUUAGUGUCCGUUCAUCCUCCUCCCUGCCCCUCGUUUUUUUUUUUUUUUUUUUUUUUCCUGGUUUUUUUUUUUUUUCCCAGCCUUUUUCUUAUUUUCCUAGCGUAGUUUUUUUAGCUCGGCCCUCCAGGUGUUCCCUCCAGCGCUGGGGUCGGGGCUGUGGCCUUGCCCCCCCCCCCCCCAGCCUGCCACCAGAGGAACGUGCCGAAGGGUCUCCGGUGGCCGGGACAACGUCCAGCCCGGUGGCCUCAUCCCGCCGGCUGCGGCGUGCCGGCCACCGAGCCCGGUGCCGGCGGUGCCGGGAGCCCCAUUAGGCACCCAGAGCAUGUCCUAGUAGAGUGCUGUAAAUCAGGGGCCGUCGCGCCGGCUCCCCCCGCGCCCCGCGGAGCCGGCAGGCAGGAGCGGGAUCCCGGCGGCUGCGGGGACCUCGGGCUGCUGCUUCUCCCGGGAGAGGAGGCAGGAGGUGGGGAGGAAGGGCUCCUCCUCCUCCUCCUCCUCCUCUCUGCAAGGGGUAAGGAGGAGGAGAACAGCUAAGUGCCAACCAAAUGAAACAAGUCUUUUUUUUUUUUGCCCCUCCCCGCAAACUGACAAACCUGGGCAGCUUGAGGCCGGGGCGGGGAUGUCUCCGGGGGCUCAUGGCUGGGUUUUCGUUGGGUGCCCAGCUCCAACACCCCCCAAACAUCAUGUGGGCCCCCCCCAGCUCCUCUGAGCCUCCCCGGGCUCUGUGCCCUGGCAGACGAGCGCGGGGGCUGCCUGCUCCUGCCUGUCCUUCCGCGGGUGCCUUUGCUCCCAGCUCUGACCCCCCGGCCGCGGCCGCGGGGGGAGCGGGGAUACCCUGACCUUCCCUUCGUGUCUCCAUCCCAAAUCCUGCCCUCCACUCGGGGGGGAAACCUCCCUUCCAGCUGCGAUUUACCCUUUAAGGAAGCCGGUGCUGCCCUGGGUGUCCCCCACAUCCCCUCGGGACCCCCAGUUCCUCCCUCCCACAACCUCCCAUUGACCUCCAGCCACACCGGAGUCAGCCGGAGGGUCAGCCCGGGGCUCGGCGUGUAGGAGAUCGCGUCCUGACCCCUUUUUAUUUAAAACCGCGCCGCCUCGGACCGACACCCCGCACGCGGCUGCGAUUCGGGGGGCUGCGGCCUGGCACAGCCGCUUUCCCCUUCCCCCCGGACUGUUCUACUCGGAAGAAAGAACGGUUUUCUCCUUCGUUCGAAUAAAAAUUCAAAGCACUAGGUCUGGGA